UCGCGGCGGGGCCCCCUCAGCUGUGACGUCACCGCCGGGUAAAAGGCGCCCCGGCGCAGGCCGGCGGGCAGCGGCGGCGACGGCAGCGGCAGACAUGGUGUCCCCCGUCACCGUGGUGAGGAGUGAAGGCCCCAAACUGGUGCCCUUCUUUAAAGCCACUUGUGUCUAUUUUGUCCUCUGGCUGCCAACUUCCAGUCCCUCCUGGUUCAGUGCCCUCAUCAAAUGUUUGCCUAUCUUCUGCCUGUGGGUUUUCCUUCUGGCUCAUGGAAUUAACUUCUUGGUGUCACACCGGAGCGCCAGCCGCAUCCUAGCAGGACUCAUAUUCUCAGCAGUGGGAGACGCCUUUCUCAUCUGGCAGGAGCAGGGCUACUUCAUUCAUGGUCUGCUGAUGUUUGCAAUCACACACAUCCUGUAUUCUUCAGCCUUCGGCAUGAAGCCUUUGGACCUUAAAGCCGGCUUGUUUAUGGGCCUUAUUUGCAGUUCCUGUUAUGCCUUCCUCUACUCCUACCUCUCAGGCCCAUUCACCUACCUGGUAGCUGUCUACAUCGCCUUGAUUGGCUUCAUGGGCUGGCGAGCAGUCGCCGGCAUGCAGCUGUGCAACGACCUCUGGACAUGGACCAAGCUCUCGGCCUGCAUCGGCUCAAUGCUCUUCAUGGUAUCGGAUCUGACCAUUGCACUUAACAAGUUCUGCUUUCCUGUGCCCUACUCGCGCUUCAUCAUCAUGGCUACUUACUACGCAGCCCAAAUGCUUAUUGCACUGUCAGCUGUAGAGAGCAGAGAUGAAGAGGACUUCAGAAAGAGGAGCUAGGUGGAGAGCCAAUAGUCUGUGAACAACAUGGGUUAUAUCUCAGGUGCUGUAGCUGCAUUCACCCCUGAGAGAGAUCUCCAUUUCUCUAGGCACAUUGGUGAUGUUGAUUUUGCUUCUUCGAAGCAUUAUCUUUGGGGCACUUUUUUUUUUUCCCCACAACGGCUUUCUCUGAAUAAAGCUUACUUCAGUGUGGAGUCCCCAUCAAAAGCUUGGACCGUCCCUGCAGUAGCUGCUCAUUCAAUUUUUCCUCAUUGGAAGUGCUGAACUACUGCAUUUUACUUGUUAGUCUUGAAAGUGAUGCAGACUGUCUGGGAAGAGAGCUGAUGGAAAGGAGGUUUGGCGAUACACUGUGCUAGAUGACUUGCUUUCAAUAGUAGGCAGACAGGCACAGAUCUCUGCUAAAGUCAUAGGUAAAAAUGAAUUUAACCGGCGUUUAUCUUUUUGUGCAUUACAAACUCAGUAUGCAAACUGGAGCUGUUGCUUCUGCUGAAAGGAGCCCUGGAGGUAGAGAAAAAACAACAUGUCCAGAUGAGAACUGAGCUUUGGAGUCAACAGCAGCAUGUGGCAGCCCCCAGCAGCACCAGAAUGAAAGCAAAACACCAAGCAAUGAGCACAGGGCAAAAGGUGCACUGACAUGCAGUGCUGGGUGCUUUGAUUGCAGCUGAUCACUGCUCCAGGGCAAGUCUGUACGUGCAAGCCAGCACUGCGGCAUGUGGCAGAAACAGGAGUUUAGUGAGAUUUCAGGGACAUCAAGGUAGCCAGGCUGGUGCAUUUUCCACCACAAUGUGUGCGCCGUUACGUGGUGUCUGCAGCCACCAGUGACAUCUCAGAUGUAAUGGGCACGAGGAAAUUUGUUUUACAGGAGGACUUUGAGCAUGUCUUACUAAUGUAUUGCCCUAACUGUCUUCAGUAUGGCAGACAGGAAUCUAACUUUUAUGCCUUUCUUCCCCAGUAUCCUUAGAAAUAAUUUUCCAUAUACUCAAGCUUUACAGUACUACUGCUUGCAGUAUCUCUCUCAAAUCUUCGCGUGAGCGUUUCCUGUGGUCAAGGCCCUGAUUUUGGGUGUAGGUUGUUGUGUUUUGCCAGCUGGUGGUAAACAAUCAGCUUUGCAUCACUCUUGUUUUUGGAAAGUGCCUUUUCAGCAGAGCUUCCUGAAAAGCACUGUCCUUUGUGUUCAAAGUGCUUGCCGCUUCCUUCUCCAACUCUUAUGGAUGCAGUGAGAAUGCACCAUCAGGGCUGGGAAAGCCUGUUUAAUUCUGAUCCAAAUUCUUAGGUUUGUUUGUUUGCCCAUCUGCUGAAGCAAGAUUACUUCUGACUUCAGACUCUCUUCAUAAGAUAUAGGAAGAGGUUGCCCUGAUUUUUUUAAUCCAAGUUCAUUUGUGAUCAUAAGUAAUUUUUUCCUCUCAUUUAGGACAUCUAACAGCAAACUCUGCUUCUGGUUGAAAUGAUCUUGAAUGUGCUUUUUCCAUCUGUCCAUCCUAGGGCUGCUGUCAUGGGUUGGAUGCUCCCACACUGGCUUAAGACACACAUGCCUUCAGGUGUGCAAAGAAAGCUUGCUGAGGGUUCCUGCACCUCCUUAAACCGUCAGCCACACAGGAACAACCAGAUCAGAAUACACAACAAAAAUCCAUGCACACCCCAACAGUUCCUUGCACGCACUCACAAGGGCAGGAAUGGAGCAGGAGGGGCAGCCCUCCAGACCAGCUUCAUAGGCUGAAAAUGACCAUAGUCUCCAUACUUAGCAUGCCCAGACCAUUCCAGGCGAAAGCCUGGCACCGAGUCCCUGGCACAGUUGGCAGAGCAGGAAUUCCUCUUUGCAAGAGUGCAGCAGGGUCAAGGGGCAGCUAAGGAAACCUACCAACACUGCUAGCUUUUCUUUUGGUGUUGAGAGGUGUUAAGUAGAUCUCCUGCUCCUCCACAGCCUUACAUGGUGGGACUGGGUGGGGAAUAGGCAUUGCCUCCCCAUGAUUUCUGCAUUAGUACAAAUGCAGCUAGUAUUACAAAAAUCUAGGUUAACCAUCCUGACCCCGUGGAGUCAUUUGCUGCUUUUCAGACACGGAUCAGAAAGGUCAGCUGCAUUACUGAGAGGAAAAGCAUUGUAAAUAGCACAGCUCCAUGUAAUCUCUUCCCUUUAAUGCUGUUGUGUAAUAUUGUCAGUAUUCAUUCACUAGCACACCGGGGCCUGCCUGGAGUAAACUGCUGAGGGAAUUUAGAGCCAUAAAACAUCUUCUUUCAUCAGCAUUGCUUAUCCCCUGGCCACAGCUUGAACCCUGCAGUAUAGCACUCUGUGGAUGUCACCUGCUGUUACUCAGCUUGACUCUUUGCAAAUCUCUUCCAGCAAGAGAUUGACCCAGCAAAGAGGAAAUCUAAGCAUUUGGGGUGAACCCCACCAUCCUCCAAGCAUGUGAGCAAAGAGCACAUUUCAGUUUGAUUUACAGCACCUUGUCAUGGGUCAGUCCAGCACUCCCAGUUCUUAGCUGGCAGUUCUUCAGAGGAGGUCCCCACAUCCCGAGCUUCUCUUUGCCUUGAGGAAAAUGCAUAUGUGAUAAGGUAGGCUUUUUUAAAAAGUUAGAAUUUUGAUUAUCAUUAUUAAGAUGGCCGAGUUGUUUUUUGGCAUGCUUUUUCAUCUUGGCUUGCUUUGUUAUCCUCCUCCACCAUCAGUCACUGGAUACAUGCAGAAAGGAUCUUUGAAGUGUUAUUAGGAGGCCUGCACUCUCCACUGGCCAUCAUGCGGUUUAUGGUGGCAGAAGUCUCUGGGCAGCUUUAGCUGUAACAACAGAAACAUGCACAGCCUGAGUGGGCUGUCGUUCCCUUGCCCUCCCCUCUCCUGGAAUGGGCUGGCUGGGAUGCAUUCUGGCCAGCCAGGCUGACUCCGUUCCCAGUCCUGCAACAGCUUCAGCCUUCCCAGGAACAUGAGGCAGAGCUCUCAGCAUACAAAGUCAAGGAGAGUCCUGGCUGGCUCAGAGGUUCACCAGCAAGGGCUCUCAAUCUUCAAAAUCUCUCUCCUGCUCUGCAUUCUUCCUUUUAACCCAUAUUCCUGGAGGAACAUCGAGACUGUUUUUCUGGAGGCUUUUUCCUGCUGGGAAGAGACCAGCUGCUGUGGACACUGAUUUGACACAAUUUUGAUUUUCAUAAACCUGAAGAAACACUAAGCAGUUGCUGACAGUCUGUUAAAUAGCUUUUCUUGGGAUUACAACUGUUCCCUCAACCCCAAGCACAGGUAAUCUUGACUCUGAGAGAAAGCUAACAGGAAGUACAAAUGACGUGAAGUACAAAGUCUGUGGUACUGCCUUUGUGGAUCUUCCUAUUGUCUCUUUACAAACUGUGAGGUUUGAUCCAUUCUUCUUCUUUUUGGGGGUACAAUCUUUGAGAAGCACCCAGACUUUGGCCCAGGGACAUUACAGGGGGAACGAAGCACCCUGCAGUGUAUUGUGCCUGGCCCUAGCACUAUCAGCUCCUUUGCAAAUCAAAGCAAACAGCAACUGUAGACCUCAGUGGCUGCUGCCUCUUUGCUUGGUUUCUGGAUGAGACAAGGGCUCUUUUAAGCAGAAGCAUCUUAAUUGUGUUCUUGGAAGAGGAUGGGAAGUUGCCAACUUCUCAUGACAGAAGUCCUCCUGGAUACUUCUGCCUUUUCUCCAUGCUCGCUCCUUUUGUGGCCUUGGGUAAGUCACUUAAAUUUUCUGGGGGCAGGUCCUCAUCUGGUGGAAAAAGGCAUGAGUAUAUGUGGGCCAGUGCUGUGCAACACUAAGGGAUCAGGCCCUCACCCCAUUUCAAAAAUUGGGAUAUUAGCACUUACCUACCUCACAAGGAUGCUGUGAGGAUUAAUGCUCAUGCAGCACUUAGAAGAUGUAAAGCGCUAAGUCCCAAGUAUUACCCUACCCUAGUGUUAAAAACGUUUUUAGGGAUAUGCAGGACUUCACUUAAAGCAUGGAACGAGUGACUGCCUUUUCAGUCUGCAUCAGAGUGGAAGGGAAAUGCAAAAUAUUUAUUCACACUGGCUAACAGGAUGGAUUUAGCCGCACUUGAACUCUAAGGAGGGUUUAGCCUAAACGUCUGAAAUCUAAUUUCAGUUUUGUAAAUGAUUUUUAGUUCUUCGAAAAGCCUGAACCAAAUUCUUAGACAUGAACCUUGCAUCCAAAUUUUGCAGUCUGGUCUUAUCCCUGACUGUUAGCUAGAUUAGAUUGAAUCCAGCCAAAACACAGUGCUCUCACAGUCUGCUAUGGUUGUUGAAAUGACUAGAACAGAAAACGAAGUCAUUCUGUUCAACCUUUAUUCUGCAGAAGGUCAGCUAGGUUUCGUGGGACAACUUGCAAAGGGAUGUUUAGUUUCUGUGAUUUACUGGCUUUAAAUCAGCAGAGAGGGAAGGCCUUGAUGUAAUCAAAAAGGUUUGCACAUCCUUCGUGAAUUAUUUCCUUUUCACCUGAAUCAAAGAAAUAGCAGGUUCUGUAGCACAGGAAGUACUUGUACCACCAAUCCUAGGGCCCAGAACAAGAAUUGAUUUAAAAUUACAGCUCUAAACCAUCACCAUGUUCUCAACUAGUAAAGAUACCACUCUUCACUGAUCUGGACCACAGCUAGAAACUACUUAGUUCUGGUAGCACUACCUGCUGUACAAACACAAAUGAAAGCAAGAAUUGCACACCAAGGAAUGUGAGCUGUGUACAUGUGAAAUGGACCAUAAUUUUGAAGCAGCUGCAGUAAAAUCUUAUCUUAAUAUGAACUCAGAAGCAAAUACAAUGCAAAUUUUUAUGUUUUCUUUUAAAUGUUUUAAGGGUUUUAGUUUUCUUAGUUUGGAGGGAAUUUUCUUAAUGUUAUUUUAUUUUUGCUCUUAUUGUAAAGAAGUAUACAACUCUGGAUAGACUCUAAAUGAAAAAAGGUGGCCAGUUGGCAGGAAUGCCAAAUCUUCUGUGGCUUGUAUUGUUUCUGUGGUGACACUUCGCUGCUGUAGGAUGAGCUACUGGAGUGGUGCGAUGGCUCAACAGUGAGGCUGAAGCACAAGGCCACUCUCAUAUGAGAGGGAUGCAGGGGCUGAGCCACUGAGACCGCAGUGGGAGCACAACUGGGCCAAUUUGGAUUGGUCAAAAGACUGAGAGAGCACCGGAAAUAAAAGAAACAUUUUCCCAACAGAUAAAAAGCAUGAAACCAAAGCCAGCCCAUUGGGUGAUGGUGCUGAAUCAGUACAAACACAUGUAUUUUGCUUGUGCAGGCUCCUGCAGGACCAGGCCUUGCUCUCAAUUCGCCUGGAGGAGGCUUACUCCAAGCCUACGGUGCUAGCAGGGUCAGGCCAGCAGAACCUGAUGCUUUGUUAAAUCAAACUAAAAAAAACAGAGAAGACAAACCCCAGCCCCAAACAACAAGGUAAGAAAAAGCAAAUACAAAUUGGAGAAGCAGUAGUUCUGCCUGGCUGAGGCCCCAGACUGAUUUGUCUGUCCUGAACACUAUCUCCAUGUCUUGUACCCAUGCGAGCCUCUCGCUCCAGCCCCUCUCCCACGCAUUCCAGACAGAGUGCACUGAAGAUGGGACUGAAGCAGCUGCUCACCCCCAGGGAGUCAAGCAUUUUGCCACGUCUGAAAGUCUCUAGCACUUACUUCCUUUACCGUGAUUGUAAAGGUCACCACAUGCAGUACGGCCACUUGAUCUGGGAACUUUUCUUAACACAUUUUUAUGAUUAUUUCACUAUUUUAAUUCUUUGUUUGGAAUGUAUUUUUUUUUCUCAUUUCUUCUGUGUAACAGCAAUUAAAAAUAUUAAUUUAC